UCCUGAGUCUUGGGCCGAAGUUGGGCUCAUGGGCCUAUAUUUGAUUCGUUUUCCAUUUUAUACACCAAAUCAACCUUUUCUUUUUCUUUGAUUCAUGACUCUGUUCUUCAGAUUACAGUUUUUCAAGAGCUGAAUCGCUGGAAAACUAAAACUGAUCUUCGUCUGUAACCGCGUAUAGACACAGAGAAUAAAGUUUUGCCAUGGCAAAUACUUGGGGUGACGACAAGAUCCUCAGCUUCAACGAUGUUGUCCUCAGGAGAUCAGAUUUAGACAUCCUUAACGGACCCAAUUACUUAAACGACCGUGUCAUCGAGUUCUACCUAAGCUACUUAUCCACACUCCACACUUCCCCUACCAUCUCGCUAAUCCCUCCCUCCAUUGCCUUCUGGAUCUCAAACUGUCCCGACACUGAAUCACUCAAAGACUUCAUAAAACCGCUCAGAUUACUCGACAGCGACGAGCUAAACGACAACCUCAAUGUCGAGCUAGCAGAAGGCGGGUUACACUGGAGCUUACUUGUGUACUACAAAGAAACCAACUCGUUUUUCCAUCACGAUAGCUUUAUGGGAGCGAAUCAAUGGAAUGCGAGACAGCUCUACAAGGCGGUUUCUCCGUUUGUGUCUGAUGGGGAUGCUGCGUACAGAGAAUGCAGUGAUACACCGCAGCAGAAGAAUGGGUACGACUGUGGUGUGCACAUUCUUGCAACCGCUCAGGUUAUAUGCAAAUGGUUUAGCUCUGGUGGAAUGAAGAACCGGGAUGAGUUGUGGUUAGGUGAUGUAAAGCAGACUGUACCGAAUGUGGUUAACCAUUUGAGGGAUGAGAUAUUGGGGUUGAUCAGAAGGUUGAUGUCUGAGAUGGUUGUUGAAUGAGUUUUAACUUUUUACCGGAUCUAAUACAUUUGAUAUUUUCACCGGUUA